CAAGUACGGAAAUCAUAAUUACAGGAUUUACUACAGAGAGAAAUUUCUAUAAAUACUCCUACUCGCCGUUGCUAUACAAUCCUCCAUUUCUUCUUCGUUUUCAAACCUUUCAUACGUUCUCUCCUUCGCCACUUUCAUUUACCACAGUUUCAAACAAAUUAUCAGUCACCAUUAUGGCCGGCGGUUAUGUGCCGACCGCUCCCGGCGGUGAUAAAGGUUACCCCGGGAACCUCACUCUUUAUGUCACCUUUACUUGCGUUGUUGCGGCCAUGGGUGGUCUCAUUUUCGGUUAUGAUAUCGGAAUCUCCGGUGGUGUGACGGCGAUGGAUCCAUUUCUGAAGAAGUUCUUCCCGUCGGUGUACAGGAAACAGUCCGCUGAUACGUCGACGAACCAGUACUGCAAGUUUGAUAGUCAGACGUUGACUAUGUUUACGUCGUCGUUGUAUCUAGCGGCGCUGCUGUCGUCGUUGGUGGCGUCGACGGUGACCCGAAAGCUUGGCCGGAAACUUUCAAUGCUGUUCGGCGGUAUCCUUUUCUGUGCCGGCGCUUUGAUCAACGGUUUUGCUCAAGCCGUUUGGAUGCUUAUCGUUGGUCGGAUCCUCCUUGGAUUUGGCAUCGGGUUUGCCAAUCAGUCUGUGCCACUAUACCUUUCGGAAAUGGCACCAUACAAAUACCGUGGGUCCCUCAACAUAGGUUUCCAACUGUCAAUCACAAUUGGAAUCUUAGUGGCCAAUGUUUUGAACUACUUCUUCAACAAACUUGAUGGGAAUCUAGGAUGGAGGUUGAGUCUCGGGGGAGCAGUGGUCCCCGCCCUGAUUAUCACAGUGGGAUCACUAAUCCUCCCCGAGACCCCAAACUCCAUGAUCGAAAGAGGUCAAACUGAUGAAGCGAGAACAAAGCUUCGUAGGAUCCGAGGGGUUGAUAAUGUUGAUGCAGAGUUCAAUGAUUUGGUUCAUGCAAGUGAAGAAUCGAGGAAAAUCGAACAUCCAUGGAGAAAUUUGUUGCAAAAAAAGUAUAGACCACAAUUGACAAUGGCAAUAUUGAUCCCGUUUUUCCAACAACUAACGGGGAUUAAUGUGAUCAUGUUUUACGCUCCGGUUUUGUUCAAAACAAUCGGUUUUGGUGGUGAUGCUUCGCUUAUGUCGGCUGUGAUUACCGGAUCUGUAAAUGUUCUUGCUACUUGUGUUUCGAUUUACGGUGUUGAUAAAUGGGGACGAAGGUUUCCUUUUCCUUGAAGGAGGCAUUCAAAUGCUCAUUUGUCAGGUUGCAGUUGCGGUCUUCAUAGGGAUCAAAUUUGGAGUAAAUGGAGAUCCGGGUGAUUUGCCAAAGUGGUAUGCCAUCGUGGUUGUUCUCUUCAUAUGCAUAUAUGUUGCAGGGUUCGCAUGGUCAUGGGGCCCACUAGGGUGGCUCGUACCUAGUGAAAUCUUUCCACUUGAGAUCCGAUCAGCCGCCCAAAGUAUCAAUGUCUCAGUUAACAUGAUAUUCACCUUCAUAAUUGCUCAAGUGUUCUUAACCAUGCUUUGCCAUCUUAAAUUCGGGCUUUUCCUCUUCUUUGCAUUUUGGGUUGUUAUCAUGACGAUUUUCGUGUAUGUGUUCUUGCCUGAAACAAAGAACAUUCCUAUUGAAGAAAUGGUGAUUGUGUGGAAGAAGCAUUGGUUUUGGAAAAGAUUUAUGGUGGAUGUUGAUCACCCUAAUGGACUCGAACUAAACAAAGGAAGCGAUGGGGUUAAGAAAGUAUAACUUAUAUCAAAUUUAGUAGUGAUUUAUAUCUUAUGUAUUGAUAGUUAUAUGUUUUAAAGUACCACUCCACAAAAGAGUAAAUAUGAAUUGGUUUAUGGGUAUCAAAGGAUGUAAUUUGGGAUUGUUCUACUGGAAACUAUAAUAUUUUCUUGUCAGUUCAUUGAUGAAUCGAAGUUGC